AUUUCCCAUGUACUUCCAUAACAUCCAACGGUUGUUAGUGUAGGGCCUCAUAUACUCUCUUCUUACCUACUUCCGCAACCCCCAAAUGGCUCCGUACUUCGAAACAGUGAAGUCAUUCGCAGACGUACAGAUAGUUGCAGAUGGCGUUGACUCUGCAUCAUUCCUAGAAGCCUCGGAUGGUCUUGUAAACAUGUUUGACUUGCUGGGAAGUGGGGUCUUUUCCUUCGUUCAGACAGAUUUAAGGAAUAAUAUCGCGGGCGUUCGUAUGCGAUACGACUCACAUCAGCACUUGUCGCCAACACUGGAGAAGUUGGUAGAAGUUGAAGUCCAAGACGGACAUAGGAACAGUACAGGAUGUUUGGUUCGACUGGUUCGAGGACUUGCAUUCACCUGCCAAGCCCUUCAGAAUGUGCAGUCCGACCGAUCCGCAGAACUUCACGUCUGCUUCAAGCGUGCGUACGAUACUGUACUCAGGCACCACCACACCUUCGUCAUCCGUUCCGUGGUUUCCGUCGCAAUCCGCGCCGUCCCCCGCCGUAACGACUUCUACAGUCGCAUCGCCCAAGGCGGCUCAGUCGAUAAGCUCGACGAAGAGAUGGCGAAAUGGUUGACUGCGCUGGAGGCCAUUGUCAUUCGCAUGUCGUCGUUUCUGAAAGGUGGAGGGUAUGGGAACGUCUAGGCGUUUUGUGGUGAAGAGAUGGAGUGGUACAGUGUAGAAGGUGUGUGGUACGCGGCGGUGCGAGAUCGUGUUGACAGGCUUGUUGUUAUCUGCGUUUCGGAAGACUAUAAUAUUUUGCAUGGCCGUCUUUGUGUAUUCUUCGUUUCGACUCUGAUUAAUUUGCAAACC